UUUCAAUCCAUUCCAUCCAAUCCUGUUAUACAAAAUCCUCAAGUACAUUCAAGACAAUGCGUCGCACAAUCCUCUUCGCCAGCCUCUUUUCAUCGAUCUCCCUCGCUGCCGCCCUGUCACCGCUCGACUUCUUCCGCAGCGCUUCCGGCUCCCUGUCAUCCCUCCAGUCCCACCAAUUCGCAGGACAAGUCCCCAUGAAUCCCGGCCCUUUUCAACCCGAGGAGCCUUCAACUGGCGACAGUGCAGACAAUGGUCGACCCAGCGACUCCACCCUCUCCAUUUCCGACAUCCUCCCCAAAACGCGAAAUAUCAACAUCUUCGCCUCUCUGACACGGGACAUCUCCAGCGUCGCAGGCCGUCUGGAAUCUACAAAACCCGAAGAUAACACGACACUGCUGGCGCCACUGAACAGUGCGAUGCAAGCACUCCCCCGAAAACCGUGGGAAGACAGGCCGGGUGACAACUCCGGCAUCAGUGCGGCGCGGAAUGAAGAUAAAGCCGCCCAGAAUCUAGCACGGUUUGUCGAGGAGCAUGUUGUGCCUACAAGUCCGUGGAAAGCAGGGAAAGAAGGGAGGAUCAAGACUCUCGGCGGGCAGGAACUGUGGUGGGAGGAGAAGGAUGGCAAGAAGGUGGUUAUGCCGGGAAAUUUGGAGGUCGAUGGCGUGGUUGGUCGGGUUGGGAAUGGCGAGAUUUGGGCUGUUCAAGGAGUCGUUAACUAUGCAUAAGCCGGAGUAAAAUUGAGGGACCGAGUGGAUUGGAAAGCAUGGUACUGGCAGGGACGGUAACGAUUGACGAAACAAGGGCUGGAUGAGCAAGACCUAUGACGAGUGAUGAAACGGUACUCGGUUGAUGAGCCUUUGGGAUGGAUGUUUUGUAUAUGUACAGUGUGCUUUUAUUCAGAACAAACGUGGUGUGACAACUUCUCAUACACUAUAGUUGCUAGAAAUGCAACGCUGAAAGCAACA